CUAGGGUUUAUGUCCUUCUCCGCCGCUCCUCCAUCCGUCGCAGCCCGCGGUCGCACAGAGCGCGAGAGGAAGGCGAGCUUCGGUUUCCAACAAGAUGGGGAAGACUCGUGGUAUGGGAGCUGGGCGUAAGCUCAAAACUCACAGGAGGAGGCAGAGAUGGGCAGACAAAGCAUACAAGAAAAGUCACCUUGGCAAUGAGUGGAAGAAACCCUUCGCUGGUUCUUCACAUGCCAAGGGUAUCGUCCUUGAGAAGAUAGGUAUUGAAGCUAAGCAGCCAAAUUCUGCUAUCCGAAAGUGUGCUAGAGUUCAGCUGAUAAAGAAUGGGAAGAAAAUUGCGGCCUUUGUUCCAAAUGAUGGUUGCUUAAAUUUCAUAGAAGAAAAUGAUGAAGUGUUGAUUGCCGGGUUCGGGCGUAAGGGCCAUGCAGUCGGUGAUAUUCCUGGAGUAAGGUUUAAGGUUGUGAAGGUGUCUGGUGUCUCCCUUUUGGCACUGUUCAAGGAAAAGAAGGAGAAACCUCGAUCGUAAUGCUUUACUUUGAGUUUCUAGAUGAGACCAGUCGGCCUUUUGUUUAAUUCAUAUUUAGCGACUCUGAGCAAUUUCUGAACUGUUUUGGAAAAGAAAGAUGUUUCAUGGUUAUUCAUCAUUGAGCACUUAAUUAUUUGUUUGGCCUGUUAAGUUAA